AUGUCUCACGGCAUCGCGUUGACGCCAAACAGUCCCAUCACGAUUGGGUCAACGAUCGCCAAUGUGAACUGCUAUGUGUUGGACGAGAACCAGCGACAAGUCCCGAUGGGGGUUUCCGGCGAGUUUUACUUGGGCGGCGUGUGCGUGUCGCCGGGAUACAUCAACUUGCCGGAGCUGACGCGAGAUCGAUUUGUACUGGAUCCGUAUUCCCGUCGCCCGGGGACGAUGUAUCGAACAGGAGACGUGGGUCGGUUGUUGCCGAACGGUCAGUUUGAGAUCUUGGGGCGGAUGGACAGCCAGGUCAAGUUGAAGGGGUACCGCAUCGAGUUGGACGAAGUGGCAAACGCCAUGAUGCUCCAUCCUGAUGUCAUAUCAGCUUGCGUGAUCGUCCAAGACAAGUCCCAUCUUGUUGGGUAUUUUACUCCAGCCACAGUGAAUGUGGAGUCCCUUCGCAAGACUGUGGUCGAUCGGUUGCCGGUGUAUAUGGUUCCUGCGAUGUGGACGGGGUUGGACGAAAUGCCCCAGAAUUCAAACGGGAAAAUCAACACGAAAGCUUUAGCGUUGCUGAAGGCAGUGGUUGAGCUCGAAGCAAUGCAGACACAUGAGGAAGCUAAGUUGGCUCAAGUCAUCGCAAGCGUUCUCGAAGUAGACGUGGCAGAGAUCGGUCGGCGAUCGUCCUUUGUCGCGUUGGGUGGCGACUCGAUCACGGCCAUCUACCUCGCUGCGGAGCUUAAGAAGAUUGGGUGGAGGGUGUCGGUGGGGGACAUUCUCCAGUCCACCCAAUUGUGUGAUUUGGCACUCACGGCGACCGAGCAGGCUCAUAUUCCAGCUGUGGAGUGGUCGGACGUGCCACUUCCAAGCCAAGUGAGCCAGGAUAUCACGACCGCUUGGCCAGAACACGAAGCGGCCUAUGCCACGACGCCAGAGCAGUCGUUUUUACUGAGUUCAUCGAUAGAAAACCCGUCCCGGUGGAUUUUGCAGGUGCCAUUUGUGGACCUGGACGCCAGCAGACUUGUUACUGCGUACGCUCGCAUUUCUGAGCAUUGCGAAGCUUUGCGCACGACAUUCAUCCUGGCAUCGGACAAUACCAACUACCACGUCGUGAACCCUGCUUCCUGUGUGGAGGUGCGCUGCGAGCACAAGGCGACUUCAUUGACCGAGUUCCUGGCGUUGGAUAAGGCUCGUGCAUUCCAAGCAACCGAUGCAACGUUCGCGCGCUUCACGGUCGUGUCAGUGCCGCACGCAGAAUCUAUCGGUGUCCUGACCAUCCACCACGCGCUGUACGACGGAUGGUCCAUUUCCCUUCUCUUGUCCGACUUGAUGGAUGCUUAUCAUGACCGUCCAAUCCCCCAACGCCCGUCGUUUCGGCCCGUGAUCCACUAUGUGCAAGCCCAAGACCCCUCGAAAACAGUCGCGUUUUGGACCGAAAAGCAACGCCAGCUUGUUCAAGUGACCCUGCGCUGUUCGUUACCGUUGCCCUGUCCCGCCUACUAUCCGCCAUUCAACCUCUCGGAGUGA